AUGUACAACAUCAAGAGUUGUACAAAGUCCAAACUAUGGACUUUGGAUGAUUAUGAUGCGUCAACGUGGCUGGUCCUUUGGGCCCUUGUGGGCAGAUGCCAGGGCUGCACCUCUAAGGCAGUCCCUCAGAGAAGUGGCCAGAUCACAGCUGAGGUGAUCCAGCACCUGGAGCAUCCAGUGCUUGUGGAAUUCAGCAGCCAAGAGGCCAUGGCAUAUCUGGAGAAAGCCAUUGCCUUUGCCAACCUGCUCCAUGCUGUGGACAUGGGUGGGAUGGAGCCCAUGAAGUCAGUACUGGAAGACAGAUGUCUAUACUUGAGAUCCAACAAUGCUGUAGAAGGCAAUUGUGCUAAAGAACUACUACAAACUUCCAUUUAG